AUGUCGUUCGGUUCCUCAUCGACCACUGAGGUCCCUGCUCGUUCUACCCUCAAUGAGUCCUACUUUGCAUCGACGACGAUCGUCGACAUGAGUGCGGUGCCAUUGUUUAAUGGCGAACACUAUGCAUCGUGGCGCUUCAUAUUGAAAGUUCACAUGAUGGAGCGUGAACUUUGGGGCUUCUUCGACGGGUCCGAAAAGAAGCCACCUGCAAGCGCCUCGGAAUCGGAGAAAGGAGCAUGGGAAAAGAAGGACAAGGAGUCGUUCUCGUUUCUCGUGUCGAAGCUCGGACUUCAACUCGUGCCUGUGGUGAGCUCGUGCAUCGAUCUUGAAGGAGCUACACGUGAAGCUUGGAGGCGCCUUGAGAACAUACACGUGUCGAAGUCUCUCCACGGCAAGUUGCAAGCGAGGAGGAACUUCUUCACCGUGCGCAUCAAGGAGGGCGAGCACAUGCGGGCGUACAUCAAUCGUGUUGAGAAACUUGGCGAACGAAUGGUGGAGCUCGAAGCGAAUGUGGAUGAGAAGGAUUGGAUCAUGACCCUUCUCGGGGGGCUUGGAGAGGAAUGGUCAACCGUCAUCACCACCCUUGAAGGCACGCAAGCGACGUGGACCAAGGAGGAGGAGACGACGCGCCUCAUUAACGAGGAGAUGCGGCGGAACAUCUUGCAAGGCGACACAACGAGUUCGGCUCACUUCACUCGUGGCGCGAAGAAGGGCGUCGUCAACUUCAAGCCACGGAAUGACCGUGGUCACACGAGUGGAGGUGCGGGCACGUCGAACGCGCCACGUGGAGGAAACGCCACCAACAACCGUGGUCAUGCUCGUGAAGAGGAGCGGCGUGCGAACGUGGUGACUUCGGGAGAAGACACCAAGGAGUUCGUGUUCAUCGCGGGAGAAGGAGCGCUCGGCGGACUCGCAUGGCUUCUCGACACGGGGGCUACGCAACACAUGACAUCGAACGCGGGCCCCCUUGAAGAUGUCUCGGCGGAUGCUCCUAUCAAGCGCGUGGUCUUCGGGAAUCAAGACUCGCUUGAGGUGAAUGGACGCGGAACGUUGCGCCUUGCGGUGGACGGCGGUCCAAUGACGAUCAACAACGUGUUGGUUGUCCCGAGACUCGGGGCCAACUUACUUUCCGUGUCGCAACUCACCACCAAGGGCGUGCGCGUCAACAUCGAAGGCGCGGUCAUGAUGUUGAGCACGUCUUCCGGGCGCUUCAUCGGCAAGGCGCAUCAAGACGGCGGUCUCUUCAAGCUCGUGGCUACACCGAACAUUGCGUCGGCGAACGCGGCGGUGGCGAAACCUUCCUUGGAGAUUUGGCACAACCGCUACGGGCACUUGAGUGUGUCAACCAUCCGCACCAUGGCAACCCAAGGCGUGUUCACGGGAUCGUCGCGGACUUGUCAACGAACGAGGAGUGGCGACAAACCGGACUUCUCUAACCUUUGCACGUUCGGGUGCAUUUGCUACUAUCACGUCCCCGACGCUACACGCACCAAGCUUGAGGCGAAGGCGCGUGUAAGGAUGUACUUGAGCCAUAGCCUUGAUCACAAGGGAUGGCGAGUGUGGGAUUUGGAGAGCGGAAAGGUGGUGGUGUCGCGUGACGUCUCGUUCUUCGAAAACCGCUUCCCAACUUCACCAAAUGAGAAGCAUUCGAUCGUGGUCAUCCCUCCAACGGUUGAGGACACGAACGAGUCACCUCCUCAAGACGUUCCCGAGGAGAGGAGUGUUCAAGAUGAGGAGGGAGAUGUUGUUGAAGUGGUUGGACAGGAGAGUGAGAAGGAUGGUAGUCCUUCUACCGCCGUUGCUCCAACACUUGCAUCUACUCGCACUCGACGAGCUCCUCACCCGAACUCGAAGUACGUCGACUACUCUUUUGUAGUGGAGGAUGAUGAGGGAGGGGGAGAUGCCAUAUGCUUCAUGGCCGAAUUGACACCCACCACCUACCGUGAGGCGAUGGAGACGCUCGAAGCCGGCAAGUGGACUCAAGCACUCAAUGAGGAGUACGAGUCCAUCAUGGAGAACGAUGUGUAUGAUCUUGUCCCCUUGCCCCCAAAUAGCUACACCCGCGGAAGCGGAAGCGGGAGCCCUCUCCGCGCGCCUUCCGCGUUGGCGCGCGCAGCCGCGGUCAUGGGGCGGCUAGCAGAAGCCCCGCCGGCCAACGGCGCAGCAAAUGGCACCGCGAGUAGGACAAAACGGGGGGGAUCCGUGAACGGGCGGCUGUCGUCGGGAUACGAUUUGAUGAUGGAAGAUUUGGUGGACGGCCAGGUUUGUCAUAUUCUGGACCGGCCGUCGAAGAAGCAGGUGUGCCUGUUCUACUGUAGCGAGAUGGCGGAUCUCGCGUCGAGUAUCGCGGAGGACGUCGAUAAUAUCGAGCUGAAGCCGAUCGAAUGGGGCAAGUUUGAGGACGGCUUUCCGAACCUCUUUGUGCCGAACGCGCAUGGAAUCAGAGGCCGCCACGUGGCGUUCCUGGCGUCCUUCAGCUCGCCAGCUGUCAUCUUCGAACAGCUGUCCAUCAUCUACGCCAUCCCUCGCAUGUUUGUCGAGUCGUUCACUCUCGUCCUGCCAUUCUUCCCGACCGGGACAAGUGAAAGAAUGGAGGACGAGGGGGACGUGGCGACGGCCUUCACUCUCUCGCGAAUCCUCUCCAACAUCCCCAUCUCGCGCGGAGGCCCCACCAGCCUCGUCAUCUUUGACAUUCAUGCGCUGCAGGAGCGGUUUUACUUUGGGGAUAACGUGCUGCCGUGCUUUGAAAGCGGCAUUCCGCUGCUGAAGCACCGGCUGCACCAACUGCCAGACUCGGAUAACAUAACGAUUGCUUUCCCUGAUGAGGGUGCCUGGAAGAGAUUUCACAAGCAACUGCAGCACUACCCCAUGGUGAUCUGCACCAAGGUGCGCGAGGGAGAAAAGCGCAUUGUUCAGCUCAAGGAGGGCAAUCCCAAGGGGCGGCACGUGGUGAUUGUGGACGAUUUAGUGCAGUCGGGAUCAACUCUCAUUGAAUGCCAGAGGCUCCUGGCAGCACAUGGAGCGGCGAAAGUGAGUGCAUAUGUGACGCAUGGGGUGUUUCCCAACCAGACUUGGCGGCGAUUCAACCACGAUGCAAACGGCAAUCCAUCAGAGGGCUUUGCACACUUCUGGAUAACGGACUCCUGCCCCGCUACAGCCAAGGCUGUAGCCGACCGACCUCCAUUUGAGAUCCUCUCACUCACACGCUCCAUCCAAGCAGCCCUGCAAAUCUGCACUCCUUGUCACCAAAUUCAACCGCGAUUCACCGUGGCGCAUCCCCACUCGCCUCGUCCCCCUUCCACCUUCUUCCGCGCCUUCCCUUCCCCUCCGCCGUCUCCGCCCUCGCCUUCCCGUCCUCACCCCGCGUAUUCCCGCCCCGCACCUCCCGCAUCUCCCCCUUCCCCCUCCCCCGCCUCCCCUUCACUCCCUUCCGCUAUGGGUCGCCCCACGGACACCUCGUUCCCCCCCUCGCUCGCCUCACCUCCUUCCACCGCACCGGACCGAGAUACCCGCGAGCCAGACGCUACAUCGGGUUCGUUGGAAGGGCCCGAGGCGGCAUUUGCAUCGCUUAUCGCUGAGGCGGAGAGUCAAGCUACAGGAGGGAGAGAGGGAGGUGGAGGGCGAGAGGCGGAGAGCGAGGAGGAGAGGGUUCAGAGGGCCCUGGAGUGUCCGUGCUUGGACAAGCUGAGAGACGGGGCUUGCUGGGAGCAGUUUGCUGAGAGCUUCCGAUGUUACUAUGUCAGCAAAGAGGAGGAUCAG